CACUAAACCGGUUGGCCUCCAUCUCAUUCCUUCUCAGUUCUGAGUGGCAGAGCGACUCAGAAAACAACAAAGAUGGCUUUGAAGAAGAUGUUGGCUGCAGCGAUCAAUCAAGGAGUGCCGGAAGCACGAGCAAGGAUCUUCGGCCACCAAUUGAAUCCCUCUGGCAAGAAAUCUCCACACAAGAUUCUCCGCAUGAAGCUCUUCGGUGAAAAAGUCGCUCAGUGGUACCCUCACGACAUCAAUAAAGACGACCCUCUUGUCAUGGCUCGUCAAGAACAAGAACGUCUAUCCAAGCUUGAAAUGUUGAAGCGGCGAGGGAAAGGACCACCAAAGAAGGGCCAAGGAAGGCGUGCUGCCAAACGCAACAAAUAAAUGAAACUUUCACCAGUCACUGGAAUCUUGUUGUGGACACUCUUUUGAGUUAAAGACAACUAGUAGUUCAUGUGAUAACAACAUGAAUUUAACUUUUUUUUAUCAGAUUGUAAACCCAAGCAUUUGAGAAUUGAAACCUAAUUUGGUUGAAGUUUGUGUCCUCUAUUUGCAAUUAGUUUUUCCGGAAUUGCUUGCAAGCUGGAAUGCAACCAUAAGAUUACAAAGUAGCCAAUUUCUUAUUGACUUUGAUAUUAUAUCCUAUCUCAUCUUUAUCGCA